AUGCAUGAAUCAGCUCGGGCGGAGUCUGUGGAGCGCCACAAAGUCUACAGGUGGCAUUCACUCGGAGUGCGCGACAAUCGAGAGCUGCAGGCGAGGAGGAAGGAAGUGGCCUUCGGAAGGCUUCCACAACAAACCCUGGUCGAUUUGUUGUUAUUAGUCGAUCUGCUGUUGUUUGGGGCGGUCAGUUUAGCUAAAAUCGGUCAAUUUUGGGUAAUGGCAGUUGGAGUUUUGUCCUGGAUAUGUACCAUGAAGCAGUAG